UCGAGUGGUUGCCCUGGUAACGUAUGACGUAAGUCCCCCUGCGCACUGGCCGUGCCUUGGACUGGUGUGAUUGGAAGGAAACCCUGUGGACUACAUUCAGUCGGAGGGGCUGAGAAUCAGCUGUAGCUUGGCACGCCGACGCCAGUACUCAGUCAGCAGUCAUGUGUGACUCCAGUCCGAAGGAAAAUGUGCAAAAGGCCAAGCUGGCCGAGCAGGCUGAGCGUUAUGAAGACAUGGCGAAUCUCAUGAAGGCCGUGGUGGAGACGAGUGAGGCAGAGCUGUCGAAUGAGGAGCGUAACUUGCUGUCAGUGGCCUACAAGAAUGUGGUGGGUGCCCGUCGCUCUGCUUGGCGUGUGAUUUCCUGCAUCGUGAAGAAGGCUGAGGGUUGUGAAAAGAAGCAGGACGUGGCCAAAGUCUACCUUGAAACAAUUGAGAAAGAGCUGAAAGAUAUCUGCAAGGAAGUGCUGGACCUCUUAGACAAAUAUCUAAUUGCCAAGGCUGAAUCACCAGAGAGCCUAAUCUUUUUUUGGAAAAUGAGAGGUGACUACUGCCGCUACUUGGCUGAGGUGGCAGUGUCUUCAGAAGAGAUGGAGGAUACAAAAAUGUCACAACAAGCCUACCAAAAGGCCUUGGACCUCAGCAAAGAGAAUCUGGCAUCAACUCACCCAAUCCGUCUUGGUCUUGCUCUCAAUUUCUCAGUGUUUUACUAUGAGAUCCUCAACUCGUCUGACAAAGCCUGCCAACUGGCCAAAGAAGCUUUUGAUGAAGCCAUUGCAGAACUUGACACGCUGAGUGAAGAAUCGUACAAAGACAGUACACUAAUCAUGCAGCUAUUGAGAGACAACUUGACACUGUGGACCUCUGAUACUCAGGAUGAGGCAGAAGAUACACAGCAGACUGCAGAAUGAGCCAGACACCCAUAGUCAUUCCUGUCUGCCUUCCGUCGUCCUGGCUCAUCUUCAUCAUGAUCAUCAACACUGAGACCACCUCAUUAUCAUCAUUGCCAUCCAAGUCUCGCCAUCUUUUUUCUGUCUCCUGUCUAGGUCUCUCAAUACUCAUCUCACUCCUACCAGUUUACUAUUUCUUAUUUUGUAGUAACUGUGGGGAAAGGGCGAUGGGGAGGGAGGGUAAGUUUUAAGUGGUCAGGUGGGAACAAUCAUGUGGAAGGGUAAAGAGUGUUUGGGGUUGAAUGCCUGACUGUUGACCUUUUCUGUGUGGGAGCAAUAGGGGUGUUACAUCAUUAUUGUGCUGGGUGAGAUUACAGGUUUUAUAAUCACAAAACAUACAGCUGUUUGAGUUUUUAAGUCAAAAAAUGUAAUACUGUAGUGUGUCCUACUCAUAUUAACAGUCCUGUUUGUGAGUAACACUUUCUUUUCAUCACACACACCUGUGGCUUCACUUAAGCAUGAAGCUGGCUCCUCACCUGAGGAGACAGCAGAUGUUAGUCUGUACUUGGCAAGAGGAGGGACAGCAGAGGUAAAGACAGUGGAGGUGUAAUGGGUAGUGCUGGAAACGAAAGGCAAGAUUUUGUUGGAACACAAAGGUUACAUUCCAUUUACUGUCACUUGCUCACUUUCUACUCUGUUUAAUUCCUUUUUUUGUUUGGGAGGGUGUCUUGCUUUUGUAUUUCUAUGUAUCAAUUACGAGGUAUGAAAAACUUUGAGAAACAAAAGAGCACACAAACUUGCAUUGUUGCUGUUUUGUACGAGCACACAGGAAAAAAUCCCAUGUCCUUAUCUAGUUACUGCUUUAUCAAAUUAAGAUUUUUAUUCGUUUUGUCUUUUAUUCUUUUCCCCUUCCAAUACUUGCCUAAACUGCAUGUUGGUAAGAAGUAGCUUGUGGAGAAGUAGGGAAGGUUGUUGGGCUUUUUCAUACAGGAUCACCCAAGCAUAAUUGUUAUUCAGGGGGAAAUGUGUAAUUUCAUGUAAGUGGAAUAAAAAAAAUAAUUUAAAUGUU